CUCACUCAGUGUGGGCAUUCCAGGAGGAGCACACUGACUCACUGACUGACUGAUACUGAAGCUGUCCCUUCUGCUGGUGCUGAAAUGCUGUCUGCAUGAGCUGAUACAAUGUUGCAAAUCAUUGUGGUCUCCCUGAAACACAACACUCGCUGCUGCAAGCCUUCUCCAAGACCCUACGAUCUCUUUUUGGGAUACAUUUAUUGUUUUGCUAUUGUUACCCCUAACAUUUGAUUCCAAUUAGUUUUUAACCCCCUUCCUUUUUUUUUUUUUUAAAGUGCAGUAGAACAAAGUUAUCUUGCUGUUGAAGGGAUGAGUUAAUUUGACACAUUAGAGAAGAGCUGGAGGGGAGCUGGUUAUUGUCUAACCGUUGAGCGAUGGGUUGAAGUUCCCCCAUUAUCUGAUCACCGAACUUGUCUCUGGGGGAAACCCCUGGACAAUGAAGAAGACUCUUGGAGGAGAUCGGAUUUUUCAGGUAGGACUGGUGAUUGUGCUGGUUCUUGGACACAGAUCAGAUCUGGUAAAGGAGGGGUAGGUGGUCUUUCCCUGCCUUGAUCGUUGUGAGACUGGGCAUCAUCAGCAGACUGUUGGGGCUUCCUAUCAUCAUUACUAUUUAGGAGAUCUCAGAGGGGGAAGUCCACAAUCCUUCACCAGUUAAUUCAUUUUUCAUAUUUUGGGGAUUUCUUUUUGACCCUGAAAGCCCACCAGCUGCUACAUUCUUUAUGGUAUCUCCAGCGACAGCAAUAUGAUCCUAUGCAACAUUAGCACCAUCAAAGAUUGGGGGUCUUUCCUGUCUCAGAUCCUGCCCAGAGUCAACAAGACUCUCCAUCUGGUCCACCAAGGGAUCAGCACCGUGGAGGUGACUGCCAGUUCGGUGGUAAGUGUCCUACAAGAGCCAGAACAGAACACCUACCUCUCCCACACCGAGUCCAUGAAUACCACCAAUUUCACCACUACCACUGGUCUGGACCACCUCUUCCACUAUUCUUAUGCCGAGUCAGAAGAAGACCAGCUCUACAAGGACUACAAACCUCCCCCCAAGGAGCCUGUGCCCCUGCCCAAAGCUGUGCUCUACCUGUUGAUGGCUGCUCUGGUGAUGGUGGCUGUGGCUUAUGCAAUUGUUGGGCACAUUAUAAAGGACCUUAUCCAUGACUUUAUAGAUUGGAUCUUCGGUUCAAGUCAAGAUGUCAACAGCAACAAGAGUGACAUCAACUGUAUCAGUCACAAUGUGAAUGAAAUUACACCAAAUCUGGAUCUCUCACCAUCCUCAGUACAAGAGCAGGCACCCAGAAACACCAGAGAUUUCUAUAUCUGUAUGGAAGAAAUUUCUUACCUACCUCAGCAAACAUGAGCUCCCCACCAUACACAAAAAACAAGUUGACUGUUGACUUUUUUUCAGUCUAGAAAAGGGAAACAUUGAAUAGACAAUUGAGAAUAUCACGUUGGAACUUGGAAUAUUUCUGAACAUUUGGAAUCUUUCAUAUAUUUCUACGCUUUAAACAGCACUUAAAGGAAAACUGAGUUUUUUGACGUCAUCAGUGACUUUUUAUUUAUGGUCUUUCGGAGUCAUUCUGAACAAUUCCUCAGAGCAAAAACGUUGGAGAGUUAUAUAGUAACACAAAUAGAGAAGCAUUUCCUGACAUUGUUUGAGAGAAGCAUUUAUUUAUACAGUUUAUGAAUUCAGUUAAAGGGACAGUCUGAUAAUCAAAAUUAACUUAAUUAAGUGAUUUUGGGGCACACAUGCCGCCUCUAAAGUCUUUCCCAUGAAAACAGUGUGUUUUCUGAAAAAUGGCACUCUACAUUUUGCAGAUUGAAUUCCUAUUAGCAUCUCCAGACUUAAAUACAGUAGAUUCACCAAUCGACUAACCAGUUCACUAACCCGACAUCUGACAACAGAAUGCAAAAUGUGUUGAUAGUGGACACUAGCAUUUAAUGCUUCUCAUAUCGAAGCACUGGAUUGGUGCACACGUUCUGUGUGUCCUCGGUACUUCUAUGAGAAGCCUCUGAUUGGACAAAUGUCAUCUGGAUUGAUGACUUCACAAUGGGCUGGAUCAGGCUACAUUAAGAAGACUAUUCCAGCACUGGAUUAGAGGUAAGUUUUGCAGCAGGGGUGUUGUUUA